UCUCAUGGCCUGCAAUCUUUUAGUACAGUGCUCCAGCCUUUCCGUGCCCGCUUUCUGCUACCAACUAACCUAGGUAUAGGUGGUGAUUAACCCUUCGGUACUUCAAUAUUGACUUUGUACGACUCAUUACACUGAUUUAAAUCGAACCCAAUUUCUGUCUUUUAUCAGAUCUGGAUCCAAUCUUUGGAUUGUUCAGGUCAAUACAUACACCUCAGAAGCGCAUCUCCUCGGCGUUCACUUCCUUUCUUUUUUUAUCAGAACCAGUAUGGAUACCGUUAUCAACAUGGCCGAUGCCGCACACGCACUGGAUCUGGCCCGAAUCCGAUUCCAACUUAUUCGUCUUGAGGACACAAUCACCUUCCAUCUGAUCGAGAGAGUGCAAUUCGCAUUGAAUGGUACGAUCUACGUUCCUGGAGCUGUGGAAUUACCUGAAGCGAACCUGAGCUUCCUCGACUGGUAUUUUCGCGAACAGGAGAAGCUACAAUCCCUUAUCCGACGCUUCGAGUCGCCUGACGAAUAUCCUUUCUUCCCCGAUGCAUUGCAAAACCCAAUACUCAAGCCUCUCAACUACCCCAAGAUCUUGCAUGAGAACAACGUCAAUGUGAACGACAAGAUCAAGAAAUUCUAUACCGAAAAGUUUCUCCCCGCAGUGUGCCCCGAUUUCGGACGCGAGGAGCGGGGUGAGUCUCAAGAAAACUACGGCUCAACCGCAACUUGCGAUAUUGCUUGUCUACAAGCUCUAUCACGACGCAUUCACUUCGGCAAGUUUGUCGCAGAGUCCAAGUUCCGAUCGGACGAGGAAAAGUACAUUCGGCUUAUCAAGGCUGAAGAUCGGGAGGGCAUCGCUGAAUCCAUCACUAAUGCAGCAGUGGAGAAGAAGGUCCUUGAGCGACUACGACUCAAGGCUCUGACAUACGGCAAGGAUCCCUCCAUCCCCGACGGAACCGAGGGAGCGGCGAAAAUCGAUGUCGACGCUGUUGUUUCAAUGUACAAGGACUUUGUUAUCCCAUUGACCAAGGAAGUCGAGGUGGAAUACUUGAUGCAAAGGCUAGAACCAAGUGCCUGAGCUUCAUCUCAUCUAUUGCGCCGCACUGAGAUAUUCAUUAACAGCUUUGACCGCCCCUGGGAACUUGUUCGCCUCGAUAAGAAUCAUGUGCCCAUGCGCCUUGACGCCCAUUUCUUGGAAUGCCCGUUUACUGUCUGCCGCCGACUCGUCCUCUUUUGUGUAAUUGAAGUUGCCGUGCGCCACCGCGUGUUUUUGUAGCACCUCGUCCUCCAUGUGGAAAUAAUAAAUGCCGGCCUCCUCCU